AGUGUUAAUAUAUUACUUUGGGUUUUCACCUUAACAACUGCUCUAUAGUUUAUCGCCUGGAUUGGGCACUUAAACGUUUGAUUCAGUGUUUCUUCUUCGAUAUAAAUGACUAAACGUGCCCCAGAUUGAGGAGUCGUACUGCAGUGCUGCGUUGAGGUUUUGUGGCUGAAUCCAGGCUGUUUGUGAUGAAGCAGCUCCUUUGAUUGACGGCUGCGACGGCCAUUCGAGGACACGUAGAGGCGGGACAUAUUCUCAGCUCGGCCAAUGGAGGAUUGGGAUUACGUGGGUGUUGGCACAGAAUGACCUGAAGCUUACAGAGAACCGCACCAGACCACAACAGACCAGACCUGACCAGGUUGAGCCCAAUUAUUCACAGUCUCCCUCUCCCCCUCCCCUGCAUCCACCAGCACUCUGCGAUUGUUUCCCUCAGCAGUAAUUUAUUGUGCUGAUCGGACAACCUCACACCACUGGGACUGGACAGGAGACCCAGAGGUUCCCACCACUGGAGCUCUAAGCUGUGCCUGGCAAUGCCUCAGCCCAGCGUCAGUGGGAUGGAGCCUCCCUUUGGGGAUGCCUUUCAGAACUACUCGAUUGCUGACCAGGCUCUGACCAGCACUGAGCUGCUCGCCACCAGCUCUGACCCAGAUUUCAUGUACGAACUGGACAGAGACAUGAGCCACCAGCAGAGCCCCUGUGGGGACAGCAUUGUGGGGAUCGGGGAUGGAGGCAAGGAGGUUGAGGGUUGCGUGGACCAGCUAAUGGGUCUGGGUGAAUGUGAGACAGUCUGCAGCAGCUCGGCGUUCGAACAGUGGGACUCCUACUGGGAAGACCUCACCAGAUACACACGGCUGGCCAGCUGUGAUAUCUGGGGCACCAAAGAGGUGGACUUCCUCGGAUUGGAUGACUUCUCCAGUCCUUACCAGGACGAGGAGGUGAUUGGUCGAACUCCGACGCUGGCUCAGCUCAACAGCGAGGACUCACAGCCUGUGGGUGAGACGCUCUACCCUCCCGCUGACCUGAGCUUGCCCCAGACUCAGUCGUCCCAGCUUCCCUGUCACAGUAAGACUCUCCUGGUCCCCGGCCAAGGAUCAGGCCCCGGCUCUGUUCAACCUUCACCAAGCUCCACAUCCUCUUCCCGUCCUUCGCGCAGCCUUCUCCCGGACUUUCCUGAAGGCUCCCAAAGAGCAACCAGACCUGUUCCUUCCAGCACUGAGACUAUGGCUAAGACUCAGAGCCACCUCAGUCUCACCCAGGACCAUGGUCAUGCUCAAAUAAAGCCCAUGGUGCGUGGAACCAAAAUGGGAGCCCCAACUUCCUACAGCUCUGACUUUGUGCGCAAGGCUAAAGUCCGUGUCAGUGCUGUACAUAAGACCCAAGCGGACAUGCCUCCCCAGACGGAUUUUGAGAGGUCAGAUCCCACUCUACCUCUCUCCCAGCCUCGAGAUGAGAAAGCCUCUACUUCAGCAAGUGCCGCCUUAGUGGGACUUCCUGGUGCUGCCGCCGCCAGCUGUUCAGGCAGCCUGGCGAGCUUUGAAAGGAGAGUAGAGGGGACAGCGAGGAGAGAGAUGCCUGUAGGCCGGUCUGCCACUGUGCCUCAGCUGGUUGAGGCAAGCCAGGCUCUGGAGACCAGCACCUCUGGGCUGGUGAUCAGCGAUGGUGUUUGCAGCGGGGCUGGCAGUCUUUUGGUUGUUGAGGGUACGGAGAAGACCAAGGAAGAGGAGCACAACUACUCUCUCUUCCUGACCCGCAGCAGACUGGGCAGCAGAGGCCACCCCCAGAUAGAGGAAGAGGAGGAAGAGGACGAGGAGGAUGAGGAAGAGGCAGAGGAAGAGGAAGGAGAUGGGUUGGAGCUAGAAGACGAAGACCACGAUGAGGGUUUUGGCAGUGAGCACGAGCUGUCUGAGAAUGAAGAGGAGGAAGAAGAGGAGGAGGACGAAGACUACGAAGCAGACAAGGACGAUGACAUGAGUGACGCCUUCUCUGAGCCAGGCUGUGACAUGGAGCUGAUGGAGGACAUUAAAGGGCUCACAGCAGGAGUCUCCAGCCGAAAGAGAGGAAAGCGCCGCUACUUCUGGGAGUACAGCGAGCAGCUCACCCCCUCCAAACAGGAACGCAUGCUCAAGCCGUCCGAGUGGGACAGACACACGCUGCCUAGCAACCUGUACCAGAAGAACGGGCCUCUCCACGGAAAAUACAUGCUGAAGAAGUCUCGACGCACAGACGUGGAAGACCUGACUCCCAAUCCACGAAAGCUGCUGCAGAUUGGCACAGAGCUUCGUAAACUGAACAAGGUGAUCAGCGACUUGACUCCUGUGAGCGAGCUGCCACUGACUGCACGGCCACGCUCUCGCAAGGAGAAAAACAAGCUGGCCUCCAGAGCUUGCCGUUUAAAAAAGAAAGCCCAAUACGAAGCAAAUAAAGUGAAGCUCUGGGGACUCAGCACAGAGUACGACCGGCUGUUGUUUGUGAUCAACGCAAUCAAGGAGGAGAUAGUGGAGCGAGUGGAGGACUCUUCUCCGCGUCCAACCAACAUGUCUGACACUCUGGAGCGACUCAUAAAGGAGACACUUGUGCCAUCACCUGUUGCUGGGCAGACUUCAGACUUCGUCAACAAGAUCUUGGAGAACACAGGACGCGGCGAUCCCACCGGCGGACUGGUCGGCCUGCGAGUCCCCACCUCCAAAAUCUAGACAGGCCGCUGUCCACUGAGGACUCAGUAUUACGAUCGCUGCUGUCCUGUUGUAACUAUGCUCCCUUCUGCAUGCCCCUACAACCCAGACUUUCAUGCACAUUGUUAGUCACACAAACACACAUACCACUUCCUGUGUGUAGGUAUGUGUGCUUGUUUUUGCCAUGCCACCUGUAUGGCAUACACCCUAGCUUUCUGGCUCUGCGUGCAGAGUCAGCGCAUCACAGUUCUCCCAACUCAUUGUGAACGUCCGUUGGGGGGGAAAAAGCGCCUCUAAAAGCAAGUGAUGGUUAGGUGUAUAGCUAAUAGCACGUCCUAAAUCCACUGGUGAUGAUUAGAUGUGUUUAACAUAGCAUUGUGUAGGGUUGUUUCUGUUGGAGGCUGAGACAAACAGUCGCAUGAGCGUAACCACUGGAAUACUUUCACACGUUUGUUUGAGGUUGUAGUGACAAAGGACGAAUUUACAUGAAAAAAGUUCCAGUUAUCAUUUCUCAGAAGACUUUCACCUCACAUGGCAACAAAAGUGGACUUGAGGUUGUCAAAUUAACCCAAUGGAGUAAAGCACCUUGAUGAAAAUGGCCUUGUAAGCUGCAGUGGAAAAAAGCGACUUGUUCCGAGGCGUUACGGGGUGGCAAGAAAUAUUUUGUAUUGAAGGCCUAAAUAUGUUCAUGCCAUCCCUGCGAAACAAUAAAGCUGAAAGUUAUCAUUAGAGCUUUUAUUAAGCAAGAGGCAUCCUGCUGGUUUGAAGCUCGUGCCAGGCAGGAGGAAGCUUAACGGCUCAUAGUUGACCAUGUGGAGAGGAAGCGCAUGUAGCAUGGUGCUUUUUGGCCUUGUGCUGGUUAUAACUGGACUGCGUGGAACAGACCAGUGUGGGAUCAGACAGAAAGUGAGGAAGAUGAUGAUGGUGGUGCUGUUGGCGGCGAUAGAGAUGACAUAAACAGUGAUCCAUCUCCUCCAGGAAACUGUAAAUAACUGUGUCUCCCAGCGAACGGCACCGGCUUCCCUUUUUUGUACAGUAGAGACGACCAGGCAGUUUGGUGUGUUCAUACUAGUGUUUGAUCAGAGUUCUAUUCAUUGUGCCUUGUGUAUGUAUGUAUGUGUGUGUGUGUGUGUGCGCGUGUCUCCGUAAGAGCAAGUGAGUGUGAGCGGGGCUGAACGAGGAGAGGUGAUCGGCCAGAACUCCCAGCCUAGGAAAGGACUACUUAUAGCGAGUGCGAUGAGGGACACGCUGGUGGGGUCUUGUUGUGUCUUUCAGCUGUUUCGAAGAUAUUCUGAAUGUACAUAAACAAAUGGAAGCUCUUGUCGCGUGAUGCCACAGAGUCUGUGUAUAUAGGAGGGCUCUGCAAUAGAUUACUUUUGGUUUUUGGUACUUUCGUCUUUGGGGAUUUUCGGGGGGGUUUAAGGAUGACAGAUAUUUUUCUUUUAGAGUUACAAAAAAAAUAUUUGCACACUAUCUUUUGAUUAUGUUUUGUACCAAAGACACAUGCAACGAAAUGGCGACCAGCCAGUUAAAGUAAGGUUUUGCACAGCUUACCUGACGCCGUAUUGAAUGUAAGAUUUGUGGGAGGGUCAGGGAACUUCAUAGAACUGUGAAAUUAGCUUGGGUCCAAUUCUGUACAGAAAAGGAACAUUCAUUUGCUUAUUCUUCUUCUUCUUAUUAUUAUUUUGAAUCUAAAAUUGAACCCCUCUGUUGGCUUCUCCAGUAGAUUUAUUGCUUAAGGAAGCCCUUCAUUCCUGAACUGAUUCCUCCCUCCACCUGCUCAUUGUGUUAAUGGCGCUACCUAGGAUGAAUACCAAGAGUGCUACUAGAUAAGCUAUGUUACAAUUUUCUUUUCUUCUUCUUUUUUUUUUUUGCUUGUUAAAAUUUCACAAACAGUAACCAAAAUCUUAUGUUCCUGUAUCACUUGUUUGAUUUCUGUAUGUAGAUGAGGUCUAUAGACAAAUAUAUUAACUGAAUAUUGUACAUAGAAACAUUAAUGAUAUAUCUAUGAAUGGUGAAACGCCACUUUUCAUGACAAUUGAUUCAUUUUUAAGCAUGACACAUUUCUAAAGCCUAUCUUUGCUUUGAGAAAGUUAGAGUAAACAACAAAAAACCAACACAAAAACCAAAAAAAACAUGCUAUUGUUAUAUUUUUGUAUUUUAGCUGCCUGCUAGAUUUCCUGUUGGUUUGGGAGUGUUUGUUGGUCAGAGGUGGAGGUGUUUGGCUGAUGGUUUGAUCUAUAAGCUCCACCCUUUCUGUUGUUAUUAGCUGGCUGAUUUGAAAUACAGAGAAUCAAGACUGGAUUUAUAUAAAACACAAUGCCGCGAAGUGCUGGUCUACUUUGAGUGGUCUGUGAGGGGGAACGUUGAAGUGCCGCUGUUGGCGGUUCUAGCAUGAGGCAGAUAAGGAGCGAGACACAGUGUUGUGUCAGAUGGUGUAAGAAAGCCAGAGCCAUCUGAGUCUGGCUGAUCUGGAUUCAGCGCUGUCGUUUAGAUUUUCAUGCAUACAGCAGCGUGCAAAAGUCUCGGCGAAGAUGAUCUAACUGAUCUAAACAAACAAAAAAAAGACGAGCAAUGUAAAGAACUCUAAGCUUUAAAAACGAAACAUUGCUACAAUCAUGCAAAUUAAUAAUCUACAUAUAAUACUCUGAAUCAGUGUAACAACAAUAAAAAAAAAAAAAAAUCUGGUUGACACUCCUUUUUACUCCAAGCAACAUCAUUACUGCCACCCACUAAGAUGAAGUAGAUUUAUCUGGUCGCCUUUUUUGCUGAGGAAAUUCAGCCCUAAUAAGAAAGAAAAUACACUUAUCAGGCUACAAUACUGGUCAGCUUCACCUUUUGGUGUCAUUUUGAUAUAAGAGGAAAAUAAAAAGAUAAGGCACAAAGUUAAAGAUGGAAUGAUUUUCAUAUUAGUCCACUAUACAGAGUAAAACUUUGCCAAGGUGCCCAGACUUUUGCAUCCUGUUGUAUUCUGUCUUGAAGCAUGAAGCUGCUUGAAUUGUGUAUUUUCCUGAGAUUGUCGUCGCUGGCUCUGGCUUUGCUUUGCCGAAUUAAAUCUCCAUGAGUCAUAUCCUUCCUGACUGGUCAGAAAUAUAAAGAAUAACUUUGGUUACUUGUUAUGGUAAAGUCCUUGAAGGAGAUGCUACCUAUUCUGGGAAUGUUUCACAAUUCAAGCAGAAUUGAUUUAUUUGGAGGUCAUAUUAAAACGAGAAAAAUGUGAAUUUGACAAAGCUGAAUUCAGACUGGCGUGAAGUGAGUCUGCUGAUGGUAAAGUUUGUGUUGUGUGAUUGAAUAACAGCUAGUGCUACACACACACAUAUAUAUAUAUAUUUUUACUGUUUUCCGUUCCGUCUAAAAAGGGAGAAAUGGUGCUUUUUCUGAAACUAGAAUGACGAGUAUCCAUGAUUCAUAUUUGAUUCUUAGACUAGUUGUAGCCUAAUGACUUGCUCUCCCCUUACCGUCCAUAGCUAUUUUCUUAGUAGUGAUUCAGUUUUGUAAAUAAACUAUAAGUUAAUAUGUAUCUUCUAAAUGUUAAAUAUAUGUAUAGAAUACUCUAUCUUAUAUGUUUAAAAAAAAACGAAAGCACUUUGUCCAAAAAGAAAAAAAAAACAAAACAAAAAGAAAAGAAAAGCAUUUUUUUCUCUUCCAUUUGCUGCUAAAUGGCCUGGCGUGAAUGCUGCAAGUGUACUUGACGACUACUUGCUUGGAUAGGUCUAUUGCCUGACUCUGCUAGGUCUGUAAACUAGCGAGGGGCAGGUGUACGGCCUGACGAGGGUUAGAUCUACACAUUUCUGGAGCCAUGACAUGAUAUGAGCGCACAAGAGCGUACCAUUGCAUGGCUUUGGGAAGCCCAGUGUCUUGACAGGAUAGGUCUAUUUCCUGGUCAGGGACCGAGUGAAAGUAUGUUUGUGGUCUUAAAAGAAAACAAAAAUUUCAAAAAAAAAAAAA